CUACAUGAGCAAGUGUAUAUGCUGUUUUUCCACAACACAAUGACCAAGACUUUUCCACAAACAAGCCAAAUAUUAAUAUGCAGUGCACUAUGGUGCAAUAUAGAGCAAACUACUAAACCAAAUACUAAUAGCAAAUGGAGUUCUUUUCUUCUCUUGUUACCUUAUUAUUACUUGUUUUGAGACUCUUUUCUGUGUCUACAACAACUUUUGCUGAGGUUCAGAAUGAUACCAUUACACCUUCAGAUGUUCUGAGAGAUAAUAUCAGUACUGACUACACUGUUUUAUUGGUAUCCAAACAAAAAGUAUUUGGACUGGGAUUCUUCACUCGAACAACUAAUUCAUCAUCAAACAAUCGUUACCUGGGAAUUUUUACAGCUUAUGGACCUAUAGCUUGGGUGGCAAACCGAUGUAAUCCGAUACAAGAUUCAUCAUCUGGGUCCUUGAGUAUAGACAAGAGAGGAAAUCUUGUGCUUUAUUCUCGACACAAUGAUGAUAAGAGAGUAGUUGUUUGGUCUACAAACUCGUCUAAACAAGCCGCGAAACCAUUGUUUCAGCUUUUGGAUAAUGGUAACUUGGUUUUGAGAGAUGAGAAAGAUGCAAACACAACAAACUACUUGUGGGAAAGCUUUGAUUAUCCUACUGAUUCAUUGUUGCCAGGAAUGAAAUUGGGAUGGGACUUGAAGAGAGGUCUCAAUAGGCGUUUAUCAUCAUGGAAUAACUCUUUUGACUCAUGUGAUGGUGAUCUAAUCACUUAUGGGAUUGAGUUUGAUGAACAACACCAUACAUAUCCUCAACUAAUUGUGCGUGUUGGGUCUGCAAUAUUGUAUCGUCAAGGAAUGUGGGAUGCCAUAAGUUCCAACCAAAAUUCUAGUUAUGAAUUUGUACAAAACGAUGAUGAAGUUUACUACAGCCUAAAAAACAAGUCCAUGGUCUCAAUACUUGUCUUACAAGAUGAUGGAAGUGUUUCUCGUUGGGAAGGGAGUACUGAAGACCGCGAACAAUGGUCUAUUUCUGCUACAACACCAGUAGACCAGUGUGACUCUUAUGGCUUCUGUGGAGCUAAUUCACAAUGUGUUUUAAGUAUAAAGCAUGGCCCAAUGUGUCAAUGUUUGGAAGGUUUUAAGCCAAAGAAUCAAGAAGAAUGGAACCCCGAUAAUCCACAAGAAUGGAACCCCGAGUCUUGGUCAGAAGGGUGUGAAAGUUUAUACAGUCUUGCAAGUUGCCAUGAGGAAGAGAAAGAAGAAUUUCGUGAGUAUGUAGGCUUGAGAGUGCCAGAUACUAAAAAUAGUUGGUUGAGUAAGACUAAUAAUGGAAGUGAAUGCAAGAGUAAAUGCUCAAGCAAUUGCUCUUGUAUGGCUUAUAGCUUUAUAUACUCUGAGUCUAAUGUUAGUGUUGUAUUAGAAAACACUAAUUGUGUCCUCUGGUUUGGAGAUCUGUUUGAUAUUAGACAACUUCCUUCUGGUGAUGGUGGAGGACAAAAUACACACAUUCGAAUACCAAGUUCGAAAAUAGAAUCAAGAACUGAUCCUAAUCGAGAGGAGAAGGCGAAGGAGAAGGCGAAGGUGAAAGUGAAGAGGGUAGUUAUGAUUAUAAGUAUCAUCAUGGGAUUAGGUGGUGGGAUUCUUUUGAUUGCCUUUUACAUUUGCAGGAAGACACACAUUUUUGAGAGAAACAAAAGCCAAGACGACGACUUGGAGCUUCCAUUUUUCGAACUACAUACAAUUAGUACUGCCACUGAUAAUUUUUCAGAGGCUAAUAAGCUUGGAGAGGGUGGUUUUGGACCUGUAUACAAAGGUACAAUGGAAGGAGGUCAAGAAAUUGCUGUGAAGAGGCUAUCAAUGUGUUCUGGACAAGGAGCCAAUGAGUUCAAAAAUGAAAUUAAACUGAUUGCUAAGCUUCAACAUCGGAAUCUUGUCAAGAUAUUUGGUUAUUGCAUUCAUAGAGAAAUGAAACUACUGAUUUAUGAGUACAUGUCCAACAAAAGUCUUGACUAUUUCAUUUUUGAUGAAAGGCAAAGCAUACUACUAAACUGGUCUAAGCGUUACAAAAUUGUAUGUGGGAUUGCUAAGGGGCUUCUCUAUCUUCAUCAUGAUUCAAGAUUGAGAAUUAUACAUCGAGAUCUCAAAGCUAGUAAUGUGUUACUUGAUGAAGAAAUGAAUCCCAAAAUUUCAGACUUUGGCUUGGCUAGAACUUUUGGUGGAGACCAAAUUGAAGGAAACACAAACAAAGUUGUAGGAACUUAUGGUUAUAUGGCACCAGAAUAUGCUUCCCAUGGCCGAUUCUCAAUAAAAUCUGAUGUGUUUAGUUUUGGCAUAUUGGUGCUAGAAAUAGUAAGUGGAAAGAAAAGUAGAGGCCUUUACGACGAAGAUAACAUUCUUAACCUCACUGGAUUGGCGUGGACUUUAAUGAAAGAAGGCAAUGCAUUUAAGCUUAUUGAAAAGUUCUUGUUAAGUGAUCCACACAUCAACAUGGAAGAAGCAUUGCGUUGCAUCCACAUUGGCCUUUUGUGCGUGCAACAAAAACCGUUUGAUAGGCCUAAUAUGUCUUCUGUCGUUCUAAUGUUGGGUGAUAAGAGCAUAUUGCCUCAGCCCAAACCACCAGCCUAUUUCACUAACACAGAUUUAUGGGAAGGAGCUCAUUCCCCCGCUCUUAGGCCCCCAUCAUGCAAUACAAGCAUAACAACUGUCGAGGGGCGAUUGGUUUCUUUUCUUGUUACCUUAUUAUUAGUUGUUUUGAGACUUUUCUGUGUAACUACAACAACUUUUGCUGUGGUUCAUAAUGAUACCAUUAGAUCUACAGAUGUUCUUGGAGAUCAUAACAGCAUUAAUGCUUUAUUGGUAUCCAAAACUUUAUUGGUAUCCAAAGAAGGAAGGUUUGCAUUGGGAUUCUUUAAUCCAACAGGUGGUUUCUUCAACCACCGUUAUCUUGGAAUUUGGUAUAACAACAUUACAAGCUAUUCAGAUGUAGUUUGGGUUGCAAACCGAUGUGAACCAAUCAUUGUAACAUCUGGUUUGUUGAGUAUAGACAACAGAGGAAAUCUUGUGCUUUCUUCAGAAGAAAAUGAUAAUAAGAGAGAAAUUGUUUGGUCUACAAACUCAUCUAAACAAGCCGCGAAACCAUUGGUUCAGCUUUUGGAUAAUGGUAACUUGGUUUUGAGAGAUGAGAAAGAUGAUAACACAACAAAUUACUUGUGGGAAAGUUUUGAUUAUCCUACUGAUUCAUUGUUGCCAGGAAUGAAAUUGGGAUGGGACUUGAGGAGAGGUCUCAAUAGGCGAUUAUCGUCGUGGAAGAGCUCUGAUGAUCCUUGUUAUGGAAAUUUCACUUAUGGGAUUGAGUUUGAUGAAGAACUCCAUACAUAUCCUCAAUUAAUUGGCCGUAAUGGAACUGCAAUAUUCUAUCGUCAAGGGAUGUGGGAUAGCAUAAGUUCAAGCCAAAAUUCUGGCUAUGAAUUUGUUUACAAUGAUGAUGAAGUUUUUUACAUACAAAAUAACAAGUCAAUGAUCUCAAGAAUUGUCAUGAAAGAUGAUGGAAGUAUUGAACACCAGGAUUGGAGAGAAAACUUGUAUAGCUUAAUCUGGCCAGGAGACCAAUGUGAUUCCUAUGGAUUUUGUGGAGCUAAUUCACAAUGUAAUGUCACAGAUAUAACACAGGAUUAUGGAAUAUGUUAUUGCUUAAAAGGGUUUAAGCAAAAGAAUCAAGAACAAUGGUCAGAAGGGUGUGAAAGAUUAUACAGUCCCGCGAGUUGCCAUGAUGAAGAGAAAGAAGAAUUUCGGGAAUAUUUAGGCAUGAGAGUGCCUGAUACUAAAAAUAGUUUGGUGAGUAAGAGUAACAAUGCAAGUGAAUGUGAGAGUAAAUGCUUGACCAAUUGCUCUUGUAUGGCUUAUAGCUUUACAUACUCUGAGUCUAAUGUCUUUGUAGCAGACACUGUUUGUGUCCUCUGGUUUGGAGAUCUUUUUGAUAUUAGACAACUUCCUUCUGGUGGUGGUGGAGGACAAACUACACACAUUCGAAUACCAAAUUCGAAAAUAGAAUCAAGGACUGAUCCUAAACGAGAGGAGAAGGUGAAAGUGAAGAGGGUAGUUAUGAUUAUAAGUAUUGUGAUGGGAUUAGGUGGUGGGAUUCUUUUGAUUGCCUUUUGCAUUUGCAGGAAGACACACAUUUUUGAGAGAAACGAAAACAAAGAUGAUGAAUUGGAGCUUCCAUUUUUCCAUCUACAUACAAUUAGUCUUGCCACUAAUAAUUUUUCAGAGAAUAAUAAGCUUGGAGAGGGUGGUUUUGGACCUGUAUACAAAGGUACAUUGGAAGGAGGUCAAGAAAUUGCUGUGAAAAGCUUAUCAAUGUGUUCUGGACAAGGAGCCAGUGAGUUCAAAAAUGAAAUUAAACUCAUUGCUAAGCUUCAACAUCGGAAUCUUGUCAAGAUUUUUGGUUAUUGCAUUCAUAAAGAAAAGAAGCUAUUGGUUUAUGAGUACAUGUCCAACAAAAGUCUUGACUAUUUCAUUUUUGAUGAAAGGCAAAGCAUACUACUAGAAUGGCCUAAGCGUUACAAAAUUGUAUGUGGAAUUGCUAAGGGACUUCUCUAUCUUCAUCAUGAUUCGAGAUUGAGAAUUGUACAUCGAGAUCUCAAAGCCAGUAAUGUGCUACUUGACGAAGACAUGAACCCGAAGAUUUCAGAUUUUGGUUUGGCUAGAACUUUUGGUGGAGACCAAAUGGAAGGAACCACAAAGAAAGUUGUAGGAACUUAUGGUUAUAUGGCACCUGAAUAUGUUUCCAAUGGUCUGUUCUCAAUAAAAUCUGACGUAUUCAGUUUUGGCACGUUGGUGUUAGAAAUAGUAAGUGGAAAGAAAAGUAGAAGCCUUUACGACGAAGAUAGCCUUCUUAACCUCAAUGGAUUGGCAUGGACUUUGAUGAAAGAAGGCAAUGCUUUUAAGCUUAUUGAAAAGUGCUUGUUAAGUAAUCCGUAUAUGAACAUCGAAGAAGCCUUGCGUUGCAUCCACAUUGGUCUCUUGUGUGUGCAACAAAAACGUAACGAUAGGCCUAAUAUGUCUUCCGUCGUUCAAAUGUUGAGUGACAAGAGCAUAUUGCCUCAACCCAAACCACCAGCCUAUUUCUCUAACACAGAUUUGUGGGAAGGAGCUCAUUCCUCUAUUCUUAAGCCCCCAUCAUGCAAUACAAGCAUAACAACUGUCGAAGGGCGAUGAGAAUUCAUACAACAAAAUGAUGGAUUUCCCCAUUUGAAUUUUGAGAACUUAGAUCAUGAUAAUUUCUGUUUAUUUUGUUUAAAUUGCAAUGAUGAUUGGAUCUAUAUGCCGAAAAUUCAUAAUGGUUCUCCUAGAUUGUGCUAAUCUUGAUGAUAAAAGUGAAUAUUCAACUUUUUUUUCUCUCUUAACCAA